GAGUUUCUAUCCAGCAACAGGAAAAGACUGAGGGAGGAAAUCAUUUCCUGCAACACCUUCUCAAUCGACUCAACAGUAAAAGUGCAGCUAAAGCUGUGAACAGAAAUUCAAAGAGCUUUGUAUCUAAUGAACACCAUGAGCAAAACAGUGAGGGAUUUGUUAAAGGAGAAGCUCGAUCAGCUUCAGUGUCACUUCACGUGGGGCCCACAGAAGGAGACCAUUGACCUGGAUGAUAUGGUGUACAGAUUACAAGAUUCUAUAGAUCUGAAUUUGAAGUAUAAGGCCAGGUCCUACAACCAACUCGCUUUUGUAAACUGCCUGCAAGGCAACAGUGAGGAAGCUAUUCAAAACUUACAGGAAGCUGAAAAGAUUCUGAGGGAGAACCACAAAGAUGCAUUUGAAAGAAGAAGCAUCAUCACCUAUGGAAACUAUGCCUGGGUGCAUUACCACAUGGGACAACUGGACAAGGCCCAGUCCUACCUCGACAAGCUGGAGAUGAUCUGUAAACCACUCACAGAUGGUCCUCGCUAUACAGCAAUGACACCUGAAGUGUAUGGGGAGAAGGGGUGGUCAUUGUUGAGAUCGGCAGCUCAACACUAUGAGGAGGCUAUGAAAUGUUUUGAGAAAGCUCUGGAGGAAGAUCCUGACAAUACAGAAUGGAUCAUGGGCUAUGCAACAGUUCUGUUUCGUCUGGAAUCAAUGCCAGGGAAACACAAAAGUAGUCAGAGCAUGAGUCAUCUGCGACGUGUUCUGGAGCUUGAUCCAGAUGAAUCUUUGGCCAUGGUGAUGUUGGCCCUAAAACUGCAACAGGACAAGCAAAAGAAGGAAGCAAAUGAAUUAGUUGAACGAGCUUUACAGAAAAGCCCUGAUGUUCCAAAAGUGCUUCGUAAUGCUGCAAAAUUUUACAGACGAGAACGAGCUGUGGAAAAGGCAAUUGAGCUGCUGGAAAAAGCAUUAGGAAUCACUCCAAUGAACAGUGUCCUUCACGACCAAAUAGGUAUGUGCUAUAAUGUGCAACUACUUGAACUGUUCCAAAAUCCAUUGAGCUCUGAUCCACAAUAUCCUGAAUUUCAACAGAAAAUGGUGUUGAUCAAUCAUUGCAAACAUCACUUUGGAAAGGCAUUUGAACACCGUCCAAAGACUGCUACUAAAUCACAACUAGAUUAUGCAGACAUCUGUAUAAGAAAUGGAGAGUAUUCCGAAGCAGCAGAGGUCUACAGCAAACUGCUGAAGUUAGAGGGCAUUCGUCCAGAAAAUAUGCAGAAAAUAUAUUUACAGGCUGGCGCAUUUGAAAUGUACCGGAGAAAGUCUGAUUUAAAUGCUGUCAACUUGUUGCAGAAAGGACUGAAGAUUAAAAAUAACACACAUGACUGGAAAUUGUGUUAUAAACAUUUGGACAAGUGGGUAAACAGGAAGCUUUGCAGGGAUGCACAUGACAGCAAGGCCCUUGGUGUCAAAGGAUUUCUGCAUCAGAUGGAUGGGCACAAGUCUGAAGCUAUUGAAUACUUUGAAAAGGCUUUGGAAUUUGAUCCCAGCAAUGAAGAAUAUCUCAGUGCUCUUUGUGAAUUACGCCUUUCAUUUGAAGAGCAUCAUGAACUUUGAAAGAUGCAAUACUUUCAUCUGACCCAAGAAAAGAAUGAAUGUGGUGUUUGUUUCACUAAUUAUAUUCUGUUCUCACCUUCUCCAAUUGGGAACUGUACGCAUGAAGGUGACAUUUUUAAAGAUGACCUUGUUGUAAUACUAUCUAACCUAUGUGGUUCUUAGAAGAAUAAUGACACUUUUGUUUCAUUGAAACCUAGAAAACAGGUGCAGGAGUAGGCCAAUUGGCCCUUCAAGUCAGCACCACCAUUCAAUAUGAUCAUGGCUGAUCGUCCAAAAUCAGUACCCUGUUUUGGCUUUUUCCACAUAUCCCUUCAUUCCCCUAGCCCGAAGAGCUAAAUCUAACUCUCUUGAAAACAUCAAGUGAAUUGGCCUCCACUGCCUUCUGUGGCAGGGAAUUCCACAGAUUCACAACUCUCUGCAUGAAAACGUUUUUCCUCAUCUCAAUCCUAAAUGGCCUACCCCUUAUUAUUAAACUGUAAGCACUGGUUCUGGACACACCUCGGAUCGGGAGCAUUUUUCCUUCAACUACCCUGUCCAAUCCUCUAAGAAUUUUACAUGUUUCCAUAAGAUCCCCAUUUUCAAAUUUUCAGACGACGCCACCGUUUUUCCACAAAGCCUUCAACCUCCUUGUCUAAAUCAUUAAUAUACAACAUGAAGAGUAGUGGCCCCAGCACCGACCCUUGCAGAACUCCACUAGUCACUUGAAAAGGCCCCGUUUAUUGCCACUCUUUGUCUUCUGCCUUCCAGCCAACCUGCUUUCCAUGCUAGUAUCUGCACUUUGAUACUGUGGGCUCUCAUCUUCCUAAGCAGCCUAACGUGUGGCACCUUAUCAAAGGCUUUCUGACAAUCCAAGUAAACAGCAUCUACUGAAUCUCCUUUGUCUAUCCUGCUAUUUACUUCAAAGAAAUCCAGCAAAUUUGCCAAGCGAGAUCGCCUCAUCACAAAGCCACGCUGACCAGCCUAUUUUAGCGUGAACUUUUUUUUCUUUUUUAAAUCUUUUUAUGCGUUUUUUUCAAAGGCAAAAACAAAAGAACAAAAAAGUAAUGAUAAAAAUAACAGUGAUAUUGAUACAUAAGCGUUACAUUAAUGGCAGGUAUAACCUAAAUAUGAGUCCAGUGUCAAUAUACACAUUGAAUAUAGACCUCCCAGUCUCUAUGCAAAUAUAGUUAAGUAUUUAACAGAGAACUUACACGUAUAAAAACAAAAAGAUAAAAAGAAAAAAGAGAAAAAACAAAAAAAUAAACCCCCCCUAAACUAAAGAAGAAAAUAAAGCAAAGCAAAACAGAAUCUGGUCUGCAAAGUGUUUCAACAAUUUAAGUCCUUGUUUGUCGUCAAAUCCGUUCCACCGUAUACCAGUAAAAAAUAAAUUAUUAUAACAGUUGGAGAGGGGACAAUUUAUGUCGUAUGAAAAUGUUGAAUAAAACUUCCCCAAGUCCUAUCAAAUUUAACCAAGGGUUCAACAAUGCCACUCCUGAUUUAUUUCUAAAUUUAAACAUGAUAUCUAUACUGGACUCGCUGGAUGUCCCUAUCCAGCUAUCUAGCAAGUUAAACAAUUAAUCCAAUAAAGACCCGUAGACACGAGAUGUUGUUGAUUCUUUACUGUAUUCAACUGUGAACUGUAACAUACAAGCAGAAAGGGAAACCGCAUAUUUAGUAACGUUAUACACUUGGUAUAGAAACAUAAACUAUGAUGCCACCACUAAAUACAAUGCUGUUAUGUAAGAAACCAGCCAGGGCACAUGAAACAUUCUUAACUAUUAAUAAUAGCAAUCCUGCACAAUAACGUAUAAAGUUGCUGUUACUCAAACAUGAUUACUCACAGACAAUGCGUCUAACAAACUGGUGCGGUGGGAUGGCAGUAAAUUACACACUAGAAUUACAGUCUGCACCAUGCGGUAGUGUCCCUGAGCUGGGCUUCCUGGUCUAUGACAACUUCCUGCCUAACAGGAAAGGUAACUCAAAGCUGUAGGAACCUGAACAUCUAGCAGGUGGCAUUAAUACCUGUAAACAGAAAGUGGUCCAGCACAAUAUCGUUUAUGAAUACCAAUGGAGUGUGGUCGGAGGGUUGGAAUCUUUCCAUUUAAAUGAAAUAGAUCUUCUGGCAAUUAAUGUGGUAAAAGCAAUCAGCUGAAGGGUGGAACGGGACAGAUGGAUAUAAUCUAACAUUGGCAGCCCAAAAACUGCAGUAAUAGGAUGAGGUUGUAAAUCAAUACCGAAAACUACAGAAAUAUCAAAAAUCUAUUUCCAAUAUUUUUCCAAAAGUGGGCAGGACCAAAACAUAUGGGUCAGUGAGGCUACUUCAGAAUUACAUCUGUCACAGGUAGGAUUUAUUUGACGAUAAAAUCAAGCUAACUUAUCUUUUGACAUAUGAGUUCUGUGAACCACCUUGAAUUGUAUCAAAGUGUGUCUUGCACACAUUGAGGGAGUAUUAACUAAUUGAAGAAUCCUCUCCCAUUUCUCUAUAGAUAAAGAAAAUUGAAGUUCUCUUUCCCAGUCAUUCUUAAUUUUAUCAAAUGUACCUUUUUUUAAUUUCAAAAUCAACUCAUAAAUAGUCGUUAUUAAGCCCUUCUGAUAAGGAUUAAAUAUAAAAAUUUUGCCAAGAUAUCGGUUUGAUGUGGUAACGUAAAAAAGGGUGGAGUUGCCCUCAAAAAAUGUCUAAUUUGUAAAUAUCUAAAAAAAUGUGAGUUAGGUAAAUUUUAUUUAUUGGAGAGUUGUUCAAAAGACAUAAAACAACGAACCGAAAACAAAUCACGAAAAGCUACUAAUCCCUUCCUCUUCCAUAACAGAAAGGCUUGAUCAGUGCUAGAAGGUUGGAAGAAAAAAUUAGAUAUGAUAGGACUCGAUAUAAUAAAAUCAUUCAAUCCAAAAAACUUACAAAAUUGAAACCAUAUUCAGUGUAUGUCUUAAUAUUGGGUUGGUCGUGUAUUUAUUCAAUCUCAUAAUUGCAAAAGGUAACGAGGCCCCUAGAAUAGAAGCCAAUGAUAGCCCUUGCGUAGAAUCACGUUCAAGAUUUAUCCAUCCUGGACAUUGGGUAUCUUCUAAAUCUUUUGUCCAAAACAUUAAAUAGCGAGCAUUAACUGCCCAAUAGUAAAAUCUAAGGUUUGGCAGUGCCAAACCACCAACUUUUUCUGAUUUCUUUAUGUAUUUAAGUCUGGAAUUUUUAUUCUGCCAUAUAUAUAAGGACAUUUUGGAGUCAAUAAUAUCAAAGAAAGAUUUAGAAAUAAAAAAAUUGUUAUUGUCUGAAAUAAAUAUAAAAAUUUAGGUAAGGUAAACAUUUUAAUAGCAUUGAUUCGGCUUAUUAGAGAUAAGGACAUUGGUGACCAUUUAGUGCAGUGGUUCUCAAAUGGGGGUACGCGUACCCCCGGGGGUACGUGAAGGCACUCCAGGGGGUACGUGAGAUUUUAAAAUAUAGGCCUACAUAUACAGGGCCGGCCUUGGGAUGUGCGGUGCCCAAUUGGGAACAAUUUUGGUGGGCCCCAGGUUCCCAGCCAAGGUGUGUCAGCCCAGUUAUUUAGUAUAUAUUAUGAAAUUGUACACUAGGUGCUAUGGAUUAUACACUGUGUGAAUCUCUCCUGCUCCCUCCCGUUUGACUGUCAGUAGCUCCGCUGGCUUCCAACCUUUACCGUAGCUGCUAAUUACCAUUAAACUGCAUUAUGUGAUUGGACACAAUGCCCUUGGAGACAGCGGCUGAUUGGACGGGAGGAGACCUAUUUGUUGAUUGGACGGGUAUUUUAAAGAAAGCUGGUUGGUGAUUGGAUGCAACCCCCUUAGAGACCGCAAUUGAUUGGCCGCCAAAUAAAAUGGUCAAAUCUGUAACAUAAAUCGCUGGUCAGUGCGAACUCAGUAGACUAUCUGGUUGUAUCUCCAAACUAAACAGUAUAACAUACAGGUACAUUCAUUUAAAAUUAAAGUCAGUGAUGAUUUCACAUGAUUUCUUACUGUGUAAAGCUCAAUAUCUGACCAAUUUCUGUUUAACACGUUUUUAUAAUAAUAAUAAUAAUAAUAAUAAGUUUAUUUAUAUAGCACAUUUAUAGUCAAUUUUCAUUGACCCCAAAGUGCUUUACAUAAUUUAAAAAUCAGUUGCAUACAAAGCAUAAAGAUGGGUUAACUAAAUAAUAAAAUGCAUAAACAGGACACAACAUGUAACAUAAACAUCCACCACAGCAUUCAUCACUGUGGUGGAAGGCACAAAAAAUUUUGGCCGUCCUCCUCCAUUCCCCCCCCCCCCCU